AUGCACGCCGAGUUCUCCGAGGAGUACAAGAAAGUCGCCCAUGUCCGACCACAACGCCGACGGAAGAACAGUUCAGUCCACUCCAUUCGACCGACGUCCGAGCUCAAGGCCGCAGGAGUGCUGGCCUCCAGCCAGAAGGAGAACCAAGGGUCUGUGGAGGCCAACAAGAGCGAUCUGCCGGCCAGGAGUCGACAGAAGAAGGGCGCGGAUGACGCUGCCUCGCACCAUUCUGCUGAGGCAGCCCAGCCCGUGCGCAUGCGCCAUAAUGUUGUGAUCCACUACGACGGGCAUACCCAGAAGGAGUUGGAGCAGGUUGUGCGGGACAUCGGGUUGGCAAGAAACAGCAUUCGGAAGGGCAAGAUGUCUCAAAUGAUGCGCAAGUCUGGCGUGGACAUGUUGUCGGCCAGGCUGACAUCCAGAGAGUCCAAGCAGGGCUUCACGCCCAUGAAUGGCUCCCCCUUGAGUGGAAGAUCGACUCGGACCAUGCAGCAGAAAGAGAGCUCCUUUGAUUAUGCGGACAAGCAGUUGGAGUUGGCCCAGAGUCUCUGCGAGACCGCCGCUCACCAGUUUCUCCGUUGCGGAGACUGCUCAACCGAGCUGGAAGGCGUCAAGGAGAAAUUCAACCUCUUGCUGGAGGUAGCCAACAGCGAGGCUGCCCGUCUCCGGGCGGAAAAGGAACAGGAAGAAGCGCAGGAGCGAGAAAAGGAGAAGGAGCGGGAGCAGGAACAGAAACAGGCCAAGACUGAAGAGCCACCAGCCAAAGUCGACCCUGACAAACCCGUCGAUGUGACGGAGAACGGCAAACCCCCCGAGCCAGGAGUGGCCGCCAUCGAAGUCGACGAUGCAGCGUCCGAUUCAUCGGUCUCGAUCGACAUUACCGCAUUCCGUGCCAGCCGAUUCCGAGCCUAA